UGUGUUAGGUUGGGUUGGUCAGUUUUUAGUGUUUCGGUUUUCCUUUAUAAUACGACACAAUGUCUGGCAUGUAUGGUGUUAAUGUCGUCGACAACAGCUCCGGUGUACAAGUAGUCGAUAACAGUUCAGGAGUACAAGUUGUAGAUAAUGGCUCAGGAGUUCAAGUUGUAGAUAAUGACUCAGGAGUUCAAGUUGUAGACAAUGACUCAGGAGUUCAAGUUGUAGACAAUGACUCAGGAGUUCAAGUUGUAGACAAUGACUCAGGAGUUCAAGUUGUAGAUAACGACUCAGGAGUUCAAGUUGUAGACAAUGACUCAGGAGUUCAAGUUGUAGAUAACGACUCAGGAGUUCAAGUAGUAGACAAUGAAAGCGGAGUUUGGGUAGUACAGUAACGAUGACAAAUAGCAACAACGAAGUUCCUCGGUGUAUUUUAUUUAUUUUUUAUAUUAUUUAAGAAUAUUUUUUGUUGAACUUAUUAUAUUUU